GAGGAAUAUUGAUUUGCGCGAAUGGGCGGGUGCGCUCAGGCUGUCUGAUAACAUUCCGCGUCGGCAAAGAAACACCGACUGCGUUCGCGACGCACGCUGACAAUUCGUCUUAAACGAGCUGCAAGUAGCCGCAUUUCGGUCGAACGUUUCGUUCGGCCCUCGGAGCACGGCACUUGCACCUCGGCAAAAACCUAUUCUCGAGAACUCGAGCGCCUUCACUGAAACACUGCGCCUCCAUCCUACGUGUCGGCUUGCCAAAGUAGAGGUAGUAGUUUCGAGCGCUCGGCUAAUUGGCGUCGGCGAUUCGCGCAAAUCGUCCAUAUUCUCGCCGUGAAAGAUGGCCUACAGAGGACCCAGAUCGGACUUUGGGGGUCAGCAGGGGGGUCAGCAGCAAUGGAGGGGUGGAGGCCGACCCCAGCCUGGUGGUGGUGGUGGCAUGGGGCGCCCCAUGAUGGGAGGAAACAACUACGGGGACGGCCGCAACGGCGGCAGCAGCUUCGUCAACAAUAGUCUCAAGGGCAAGCAGCCUGGCGGAAACCUGCGCAAGCCAGACUGGGAAAGAAUCCAGCUUCAGCCUUUCCAGAAGAACUUCUACCAGGAGCACCCCAACACUGCCAACCGCUCUGAGGACGAGAUUGAACAACACCGGCGGCAAUACGAGAUGACCCUGCGGGGCCGUGACCCUCCGCGACCCAUCCUCACCUUCCAAGAGGGUUGCUUUCCAGACUACUGCAUGCGGAUGAUCGAGGCCCAGAACUACAAGACCCCGACGGCCAUCCAGUCCCAGGGGUGGCCCAUUGCGCUGAGCGGCCGUGAUAUGGUCGGCAUUGCACAGACAGGCUCGGGAAAGACCCUGGCCUACAUCUUGCCAGCAAUAGUUCACAUCACUCACCAGCCCUACCUCCAGCGGGGAGACGGACCAGUGGCUCUAGUGCUGGCACCAACACGCGAGCUGGCCCAACAGAUCCAGCAGGUGGCGUCGGACUUCGGCAAGGCGUCCCGGAUCCGCAACACGUGCGUCUUUGGCGGGGCCCCCAAGGGAGCGCAGUUGCGGGACUUGGAGCGUGGUGUCGAGAUCUGCAUUGCCACACCGGGCCGCCUGAUCGACUUCCUGGAGGCGGGCAAGGUGAACCUUCGUCGCUGCACUUACCUAGUGCUGGACGAAGCCGACCGCAUGCUGGACAUGGGAUUUGAGCCGCAGAUCCGCAAGAUUGUGGAACAGAUCCGUCCGGACUGCCAGACGCUAAUGUGGAGUGCCACCUGGCCCAAGGAGGUUCGCUCCCUGGCCGAGGACUUCCUCAAGGACUACAUCCAGGUGAACAUUGGGGCACUGCAGCUCUGCGCCAAUCACCGCAUCGUGCAAAUCGUCGACGUCUGCCAAGAGUCCGAUAAGGAAAACAAGUUGUUGGAACUGCACAAGGAAAUCAUCAGUGAACAAGACAACAAGACUUUGAUCUUCGCCGAAACCAAGAAAAAAGUUGACGAGCUGACACGCAGGAUGAGGAGAAGCGGGUUACCAUCUAUAUGCAUUCAUGGGGACAAGUCUCAGUCGGAACGGGACUGGGUGCUCAACGAGUUUCGUUCGGGCCGCUCUCCGAUCUUGGUAGCUACCGAUGUGGCAGCCCGCGGACUUGACGUGGACGACAUCCGGUUUGUCAUCAACUACGACUACCCGCACUGCUCCGAGGACUACAUCCACCGCAUCGGCCGGACGGCACGCUCUAACAAGACGGGCACGGCUUACACUUUCUUCACGCCCAACAACAUGAAGCAGGCCAAGGAGCUGAUCGCUGUGCUCAAGGAGGCCAACCAGGCGGUCAACCCCAAGCUGUACGAGAUGGCCAACCUGGCCCGAAGCGGCGCCUUCAGCGGCGGCCGCAACAUCCGUCGCUUCCGAGCACCAGGACAGCCACUGGCGAGCCUCCAGAAUGACAACAACGACAACAAGCAGCGCAAUGGCGGUGGCUACGGAAACAACCGCGGCUACGGCGGAGGCAUGGGUGGGUCUGCCCAGGUCCGUAGUGGGCCCGGAGGUGGCGGCGGAUACCGAGGUGCUGGACAGCAGAAUGGGUUUGGUGGCGGACGGCCCAUGCAGAACGGCUUCAACAACCGACCACAGAUGCAAAACAACGGCGGUCAGCCUGCCUACCAGCGCAGCGGCCCGAAUGGCUACAACAACCAGCUGAAGCCAAUGUCCAGCGGCCUGGCAGGCAGCGCUGGUAACCAGACUUCCGGACUAGCCGCCAGCGGCUACAAGCCGGCUCAGCAGCCACAGCAGCAACAGCAGCAGCAGCAACCCCAGCAGCAGCAGCAGCAGCAGCAACAACCCCAAGCGCCUCAGCCGCGCCCGUCUCCCUCCAACGGCGCCGCCAUGAUGCACCACCCGACUCAGUAUGGAGCAGCCGCAGGAUUCCGAGCCCAGGGCAUGGGUCCGCAUCACGGCAUGGCCCCGCAGCACUGCUACAUGCCGCCCCAGCAUCACCAGCAGGGUUCCGUAUACGCCGGCGGCUACGGACAGUACGCGCAGAAUGCGGCGUACGUCCCACCCAGCCUGUACUACCAGGUGCCGGCUUAAUGCUGGCCCCCCACACUAGGUUCUCGCUCGCGGGGGAAAAAAAACAAGGGCGUUUUGCUCUCUCUCUAGCUUUUCUUUUUUUUUGUUCUUUACCUGCUCUUUGUCUUGAUGACUGUUAACGCUGACCUGUGCUUUCUUUUUCUUUUUUUCUUUACACAAUGUUCCUCCCUUUGAUGUUCCCAUUGUUCUCCAUCCUUUAUCUCAAAGUGGUUGCAGCAAUGAUGUUUGGCCAUGUUCUGAGUAGAAGUGCAGUGCUGGCGAAACUUUUUUUUUUUUUUUAUCCUAGGAGACCAAUCACUGAUGGCCAUGUUUAACGUUGGCUCUUCAGUCCGGCACUGCAUGCUUUGUCACAGCGGAAAUAACUUUAAUUGCUCUGGUGGCAUGAGCGACAAGGACCGGUGCAGUCUUUUGGGCUCUGCAAGCAUGCCUUGUUGAACUGACACAUUCUGAUGGGAUGAAGUUGUGACUCGCAGAGACUGGUACGUCAACAUCGGUGUUACAAGCUGUGAUGCAUCACAGGCGACGCAUUUUGAUGGUCUGGUGGUGUGACUUACUCUUCCGUCAACAUUGGCUCUGCAAAUUGUGACGUUCCAUGCUUUGUCACAGCUAAAACGUGUUUGUGACUGUUUGAUGUCAUGGCCAACACAGUCGUAAAUCGGCAUGGGCUCCGCAAGCUGUGAUGUCGCGGGCCUUGUCACAGCAAACAUGUUUUCAUGGGCCAAGUGGCGCAACCAAUGUGCAACUUUUUCUUGUUUUCAUUGCGUGCAGUGUGGUGAUGUUGGGAAUCUCUAGAAACGUGUGGCUGUCUGUAAUUUGUCAGAAAAGGGGCGAACACAACUGUUCUGCAGGGUAGAUUCACAUCAUCCUCGAUGAUCGUGACACGAAGCUAGUGCUUAAGGAAAAGUGAAUGAGAAAUUAAGGGCCCAAUGUUCGCGUUCGGAUGUACUUUUGUGCUGGUUUUCGUGUGCGCGGUCGCCAGGUUUCUUCUGCUGUUUUUUUAACCCUCCCUGCUAGCAGCAACACAUUUUGUUCCCACAUUUUUACCUCUGAAGUCAUUUGCAUGUUGUUUCACGGCAGUCAGAUAAGAGAGGCUUUGGAAGCCUGUUUCCAUGAAAGGCCUGAACUCCGAAUUCUUCUAGCAAUCACUCGGGACCUGGCACGCGAGAGGAAUCUGUUGGACAGAUUUGCGGCCGAUGUUGCAUGCGCAUGAACAGGUGUCACCGCAGCUUUUGCAUUUGCUGUGAAUUGAACAGCAAUUUACUCUGCUGACAAACUAGCUCUGCAAAGGUAAUGGCUUGUACGAAGACAUCUUGUUUCUGACAAGACGCAUGCAGAGAACGUGAGGAAAGCAAAAAAAAAAAAAGCUUUUGUUGGUAAUUUUUAGUGCUGCAUUUCUCUUUCUCGUGGUUGUUUUGGCAUGCCGCCGCCGCCUUCUGCCGAGGCAGGUGCGAUUCUUCCUGUGAGCGUUUGUUCCUUUCGAAUUUUCCACCCACCAGUUUCUUCCCUCUCUAUAUAUAUAUUUUUUUCGUAUCUGUGUGUCAUGGUGGCCGCUUGGAAACUUUUGUUGGCGAGUUGUCGUGCUGCCACCUUUGAAGGAGAUUUUCGUUGUUCCAAGAUGUUCCUUUGCUGAACUGUGAGAUGUCGGUCGGAAAGCUCAGGGGUCCAGUAAAUUGAGGUGACACGUGCAAAUGGACGACAACCAGGAAAAAAAAAGUAUAAAGUAAGCUCGAAAUGUACAAAGAUUACGAAAAGAAGCGCUGCGCUUUUCACAUGGAGCUCCGUCCCACGCUUUGUGCUCAUCUGCGUGGCAAUCCGGCGUCAGCUCUUGAAGGAGCCUGCGUCGGUAGUGCACUCGGCUCGGAUGUGGUGUCGGGAGGGCGACACGACACUACUUGCUCUCCCUUUCAACUGCCUCAGGUUCGCACGGAGGCCUUUGGCGUGCGUUUGGAGAGGGUAGGCUUUUCCACUUUGAACACACACACAAAACAAAAUGGCAGUAGUAUCAACAUUAUGCGUGUACUGCCAACUUAAACUUGUUUAUGAACGUCACUGGGGGUUUGUUUGUUGCUACAGAAGUGUUCUUUGAAAUGAAGUGCAAGUUUUGUAUCGAUAGUGUUUUGUGCCUGUCCUAGAAGAAAGUCAUUUCUAGGAUGAUGCUGCUGCUUUGUUCUCCAAGGGAAAAAAAAGGAAUGGGGGCGUUGCACUUAGCUCUUGUUGCCACCACAUGUGCGGGGUCACCGACCCCUCACCCAUCAUGCCUUUUGAGUGCAUUUUGGUCGCCAGUUGUGAGCGGCCAUUCAAGAAAGCAAGCGUUGAUGCAUGUUUAGUUCCAUGUUCCUUUCGGAAACCUGCUUCGCUCGGAAGUCGGUUGCAUUGCACAAGGAUGCCGCAAAGCCAGGCGUACUGUGCACGUGUUCUGUGGUGCUCGGCUUUGGCUGCAGCUUUGGAUACAUCUUCACCUUGUGUCUCAACACCAGUAUGUGUUCCAAGCAGCUGCGGACGUUGGGUUGAGCCAAGACACAAGUUGGCUUGUUCAGCCACUGGCUCAGCUCUAUAUUUGAUCGCACUGUUUGAGGACGAGUCGUGGGCCAAGAGCUGCGCAUUUCGGAAGCCAGACGGGGGAGGCUCCCUCAGGGGCACACGCUUUCAACCGUCAGCUCGACUGAAUUUUACCAGGGCACUCGAGCUCCAGUCAGAAGUCGGGGAGGCUGCAGUCCAAAGGCGAUGGCAUCAUCAUCGUAGGUUUCUCAAGCUUGGAAAGGGCUUGGGACGUGAAUUUUCGUUCGUUCUUUUUUUUAUGCUCUGGAUGUUUGUUCCAGAUAAGACUGUGAUAUCGAAAAUAGGCUUUGUAGAUUUUUCCAAGGUUUUCAAUUUCUCAAGUCCUGAACCAAAUGGCAGCACCGUUCCGCUGCAUUUCUGUGUGGGCCACGGCAGCACAGCGCCUCACGGGCUCGCCUAAGUCUGUAGAUAACGCAAUCAUCAUAGUCUCGUGAGUGCCGUGACCAAAGCGUGCGCUCUUCAGGACACUCAUCAGAGAAAGCUCCAGCGUCACGCUUUCGGUUGAAUUGUAUUGUUCCAUCAGUGAGGGCUUUCAGGCAAGUUGUGGUCGCACGAGCUUGUCCAACAUCAUGGUGUUUGUUUUCAGCAGCGAGGCUGACGACAGAUCUUCCGCAAACUCUGGGAGGACUUAUUAGUGCAAGAGCAGAGAUUUUAAGCAUUUUAUUUUAACUCCCUUGCUUCCUGCUCGAACGGGUAGACGGAGGCUUUGUGUGUCGCAUGCAUGACCGACAUAUUUAGGCAUUUUUAUCAUCCAGUCCAGUAAAAGCGCUCCUCCAUUCUGCCCCCUUUGCCUCACGCAAGCCAAACGAUUUCUUGGCUGUAAUGGUGAGGCAGGCACAGUGGGCGUUUUUUAAUGCAGACACGACUUCAUCACGCCCUUCUGCUACGACGUCAUCGGGGAGGGGAGGGGGCGGUACAGUCUUCACUGUGCAGCGGCAUUUUUUGUAUUCUUCCGGCAUUUGGGGGGAGAACAAAAUGUCGGAGGGCAUGCGGGAGGCAAGUGUAGGAGCUGGCCUGUGCAGAUUCAAGCAGGCUCGACCAAGUGGUUACCUGCCAGCGCAAGUUAGCGCUGUUCGUGGGACUUUUGUAGCUGAAAACUCUGGCUUUGCUUUUGUUUUUGCAAAAGUGAUGCAAUGCUGCAAAGAACGCUUCCCGAGGUAGGGCAUUCACAGCCCAUCAUUGUGCGGCAUCGAGCUGCCACACUUAUUUUGGACCCGCAGUAAUUUCAUCAUCAGUUCACAGGAGGGCGCCAGUGCCACUUUAGUGGUCAUCAGCGUCGUUGGCGCAGAUCUUCGCAUAUGUCGGUACAUUGUAGGCGCAACCAGAGCUCAGGCCACCAAAAAGCAUGGCCCUUCAACUAUGGCGCCAUCGUCCCGGUCUGACCGGUGUGUUUGUACAGAGUGCACGGCGGGCAAUGUUUUGUGACCUUGAGUUUCUUUUCCUUGGAAUAUAGAGUUUUCGUCGCUUUCUCUCCAUUGAAAGUAGGCGUACAUGCUUUCUCCGGUGAGUUCAUCAACAUGCUGCAUCGAUUGCCUACUCUAAACACUCUUCAUGGGUUGGGUUGAGAGAAAGACCAAAUCAUCACUAGCGUCGUGUGACAAAAAAAAAAAACCCUUGUCGCCCAAAAAGUCUGGCUCCAACGGUGUGGAUGGUGGUUUAGGGGGUUUGCAGCAACCUAAACUGCUCUCUAGUGAAUGCCGAACACAUUGCGUGUUUUAUUUUUGCUUCCUCGGUGGCCUCAACUUUAUUCUUUGCAAAUUUUUUUUUCCUUGCUGGGGGACUGAAUUUUCUUCCAGCUUACUGAUUGCCUCUCCCCAUGUUUCGCAUUCUUGAUGAACCGGUGUGUGUGCUCGUGACUGUGCAUAGUCGUGACGGUCACAGUCGUGACCUCUAUAUUGAAGCCUUACUGUAUUUUUUUUUUAGCCGUCCACACUCUUCAUUUUCGUAACUGUUUCACGUUGUGUAGUCCGAGAGCAUUUCUGCCUGUGAUUUACACCGCCGGCAGCACCCUUCAUGUAUAACCACUCUUUCUGUCCAUAAUUAGCCUCGAUGUCGAAGCAACAAAGAAAAGACAACCGGUCUGCCUAGUUUCACCGGAGGUACGCCAUUCCGAGUCGAGACGAGCCCUCGGUGUCUGGCACAUUCUCCAUGAAAUUGCGGUGGGCAUCGGUCGUGUUACAGGAAAGAAAUAUCCUAAAAAAAAGUUGUGUGUUGUGCGUGCAGUUUCUGGUCGUGUAGACUCGAGUCGUUAUAUACGGUUUCCACUCUUUUUUUUUUUUUUUUUUUUUCCUUUAUUGGUGGUGAGUGUCAGUCACUCCAAGCUUGUUUCUUUUUUUCUUUAUUCUCAAAGAACAUGUAUUUACCGCACAUUUUUUUGUAAAGGUGGCGUUGCUGAGUCUCAGUAGUUCUUCGAAGUUUACGGACCCGCUGUGCUUUAGUUUUUUGCGCAUGGACUUUUUUUUUUUUGUCUUUGCAGUGUUGUAGGUGUUUGUUGCCUUUUUUUUUCCUUCUCUUAGGUGCACAAAAUAAUAUAAAACUGUGUGCUUGUGUAAACGUAACCUGUUCCUAUAGUAACUUGGAUGCCUCAAGUUGUGGGGAGGGGGGGGAAACGGGACGCAUGGAGAUAGUUAUCAUCCAUGGCUCAUUUACCAUCGCCUACAAACACACAAGCUGGCGGGAAGGACGACAUGGUGGGAGUUCUUGUACAUACCUUGUAUAUAAAAAGCGAUUGUGUACCAAAGCUACGCCACCAAGUUGUUGCUUCUCUACCGAGGGAAAUUUGCACUGGCUCACACCCUCUUCUCACCGUGGAAGAACUGAGGCUCAUAUUUUGUCACGUUUAGAAAGAGUUGUGGAGAAAUAAAAAUGAAGAAAAAAAAUGUGCGAGCAA